UGCACUUUAAGUACCUGGCCCUUAUCAAUCUGCGAUCCCUUCUUCCCCACACUUUUCUCGUUCCUCUCAAUCCAGUCUUCUCUACAUUACCAUUGCGAACCGGACUGCGACGAUGGUCUACACUGCGUCAUUCGCCUUUUUCGAGGCCCUAUGGGAGGUGAGAUGGAAGAGGAUGAUCCUUCUCGCUCACAGCUGACCCGGUAGGCCGGGGUCACCCAUGUCUUUGUCAACCUGGGGUCCGACCACCCCUCCAUCCUCGAGGCUAUAGUCAAGGGCCAGAAGGAAAAGCCCAAUGAGUUCCCCAAGAUUGUGACCUGCCCCAACGAGAUGGUGGCGCUGUCCAUGGCCGAUGGGUAUGCCCGCUUGACCGGCCAGCCUCAAUGUGUCAUCGUCCAUGUUGAUGUUGGCACUCAGGGUCUCGGCGCCGCCAUUCACAACGCCUCCUGUGGCCGCGCUCCCGUCUUGAUCUUCGCCGGCCUCUCCCCUUACACCAUCGAGGGGGAGAUGCGCGGUUCCCGGACCGAGUACAUCCAUUGGAUCCAGGAUGUCCCCGACCAGAAGCAGAUCGUCUCGCAAUACUGCCGCUAUGCAGCGGAGAUCCGAUCGGGGAAGAACAUCAAGCAGAUGGUCAACCGUGCCCUCCAGUUCGCGACCAGCGAUCCCAAGGGGCCGGUCUACCUCGCCGGUGCUCGAGAGGUCAUGGAGGAAGAAAUUAUCCCCUACAGCCUCAACCAGAGUAACUGGGUGACUGUCUCCCCGUCUGCCCUACCAUCAGAGGGCGUCGAGUUGAUCGCGUCCGAACUCGCAGCCGCCAAACAGCCAUUGGUCAUCGUCGGCUACUCCGGUCGAGAAGCCCGGGGUGUCACGGAACUGGUUACCCUAGCAAACACCUUCAAGGGCAUCCGUGUCCUCGACACCGGCGGCUGUGAUCUGUGCUUCCCUGGCGAUCACCCCGCAUAUCUGGGAAUGCGUUUCGGCGUUCACGACGCCAUCAAAACCGCCGACUUCAUCCUCGUCGCCGACUGCGACGUCCCUUGGAUCCCGACCCUCUGCAAGCCAUCCGAUUCAGCCCGGAUCAUCCACAUCGACGUCGACCCGCUCAAGCAGCAAAUCCCCGUCUCCUAUAUACCCACCAUUGCAACCUUCCGCGCCGAGUCCGCAACCGCCUUCAAACAGCUCAACGAAUACAUCUCCUCCAAUGCCUCCAUCCAACAAACCAUCAACUCCAACGAGAAUUUCGCUCGCGGCCAGCGUCGCGAAGCGGAAUUCCAAAAGACCCGCCAAUCCAUCCGCACCCUCGCCCUCCCACCCCCGGGCGGAGCCACCGCCCCCCUCAACGCAUCCUACCUGCUCGGCCAAAUCCGCCAGACCUGCCCCUCUGACACCAUCUGGGCCAUCGAAUCCGUCACCCUCACCGGCACCGUCGCCGACCAAAUCGCCCCCACGACCCCCAAAUCCUGGAUCAACUGCGGCGGCGGCGGUCUAGGUUGGUCCGGCGGCGGUGCCCUCGGCAUCAAACUCGCCACCGACGUCCAGCACGGCGGGCCCAACAAAGGCAAAUUUGUCUGUCAGAUCGUCGGCGACGGCACUUACCUCUUCUCCGUCCCGGGAUCCGUCUACUGGGUCGCCCGCCGCUACAACAUCCCCAUCCUCACCAUCGUCCUCAACAACAAAGGCUGGAACGCCCCACGACGAAGCAUGCUCCUCGUCCACCCCAACGGCGACGGCUCCCGCGCUACCAACGAAGACCUAAACAUUUCCUUCGCCCCAACCCCAGAUUACCCCGGGAUCGCAAAAGCCGCAUCCGGCGGCACUUUCUGGGGCGCUCAAGCCUCCACCGUCGCCGAGCUCCAGAAACUCCUACCCGAGGCCAUCAAAAGCGUACAGAAUGGCACUACUGCUGUCCUGGAAGCCCAGCUCGAUGGUACGGAGGGGAAGUAUGUCGCGAAGUCGCUCCUCUGACCCCUUGUCCCCCACCGGACUUAUAUGCUAUCUAUCCCAUCCCAUCUAUCUUAUCUCAUUCAAAUGACGCCAUGUACGAGGCCAAGAUCUACCGACAACGAACUUGAUGCUAUAUGACACAACCCGUCUGUCUAAACACGGGAUAAAUCUAUCAGUUAGAAGUACCUUUACGAUCCAUCGCCUUUGCAAUGUAAGUCAGUAAUGUAAGCUAUGCACUGGAAUGUAUACAUGUCAGCGGUAAACACACACACACACACACACACACAGGCACAGAGAGACAGAUCUGCUUGGU